GCGGCCGGGGUCCUGCCCCCUGCGCGCUUCGGUAACUUUCGGCUCGGCUCCUCCGGAGGGCCGGCGACCUCCCGGCACGCGAAGCCGGGCGAGGUUCGGGGGCGGUGACAGGGGCACGGAGCGGGUGAAGGAGACGGUCCCUGGCAGGCCCAAAGGCGGCGACCUCACGAGUCUCGAGAGGCCCGGACAGGUCGAUCCCGACCCGGAGCUCAACUUUCAGAAGAGAGACGCCGCAGCAAACCUCUCUUGGGGAAUCGUCCAGCUCCUCACCUCCAUGGGCCAGACGGCCUUGGCAGGGGGCAGCAGCGGCCCCUCCACCCCACAGGCCCUGUACCCUGACCGGUCUCGUCCCGAGGGCUUGGAGGAGCUGCUGUCUGCUCCCCCUCCUGACCUGGGGGCCCAGAGGCGCCACGGCUGGAACCCCAAGGACUGCUCGGAGAACAUCGAGGUCAAGGAAGGGGGCUUGUGCUUUGAGCGGCGGCCCGUGGCCCAGAGCACUGAUGGGGCCCGGGGGAAGAGGGGCUACUCGAGGGGCCUGCACGCCUGGGAGAUCAGCUGGCCCCGGGAACAGAGGGGCACCCACGCCGUGGUGGGCGUGGCCACAGCCCGCGCCCCGCUGCAGGCUGACCACUACGCGGCGCUGCUGGGCAGCAACAGCGAGUCGUGGGGCUGGGACAUUGGGCGGGGGAAACUGUACCAUCAGAGCAAGGGGACUGGGGCCCCCCAGUAUCCACCUGGCCCUCAGGGUGAGCCGCUGGAGGUGCCAGAGAGGCUGCUGGUGGUGCUGGACAUGGAGGAGGGAACUCUGGGCUACGCUGUCGGGGGCACCUACCUGGGGCCUGCCUUCCGCGGACUGAAGGGCAGGACCCUCUAUCCAGCAGUAAGCGCGGUCUGGGGCCAGUGCCAGGUCCGCAUCAACUACCUGGGCGAAAGGAGAGGUGAGGCCUGGGACGGGUGUGGGGUGAGUGUUCGGUCCCUGGUGGCUGUGGUUUGGGAUGGAUGCUCAGCGCCUUACAACCACAGAGGGAAUGGGCCAUCAUCUGACUGGUUUCCUACCCAGUUCAGUGCCAGGAUUGACUAAGGGACUUCACAGCUGUUACCUAAGUUCAUCUUCCUAACAGUCCUAGAGGUAAAAGUAAGUAAAAGAUGGGAAAGCAACUUGCUAGGAGGUGGUGAGUCCUCAGAAUGGAGGGACACACCCCAGGGAUUAGGGCUUCCCAGGAGAGCUCAGCCCCUAGAACAAGAGGUACAAAGGGUUAAAUCUGCCCUGGGCUAGGAGUCCAACUCCAGGAGGAAGAGGACCUGCGGUGCCAGGUGCCCAGGGCGUGUACCUGGCUCUUUGGGCUCUGACUCUGUGACAUAUACCUACUUCCUUCUUCAGCCAAACCCCAGGAAGGAGCCAUUGAGGCUGGGUAUCUGGAAGGAGAGCAGUGAAGGAGGCAGGCCUCGAGGUGGGGCUGCGGGCAGGGGCCUCCUUGGGGAACCAGGUAGCCAGGUCUUUCUACAGUUACAGAGUCUUCAGCGGAGGGUGGCUGCCUCUCCCCACUAUAGCCCAUGGGAACUAUUGUAGAGUGAAGAGGCCUGCCUUUUGCACAGUCCCAGUGCCAAGGCCUCUCUGGAUUCAAAGCCUGGGCCAGCCCCCUGUCAGAGCCGCCUUGGCCCCUUGCUUAGAGGGCUUUAGGGCUUCACCCCAACUCUGACUGGGGUCACGUGAGAUCUGGGAUGCCUCCCCCAGAGCAGAUGCAGAACUUAAGGGCACCUUAGGCCUCCCACUCAACCAUGGUGGGAGUGGACUUGCAGCCGGAGAACAGGGACUUCUGUUUUGAGGACUUCUGGCUGGAGUCGCACCCCUACUCACCUUCCCUCCUUCUCUUCCCCAGCGGAACCACACUCCCUUCUGCACCUGAGCCGCCUGAGUGUGCGCCACGCCCUGGGGGACACACGGCUAGGCCACGUUUCCGUCCUGCCCCUGCCCCCUGCCCUGAAGCGCUACCUGCUCUACCAGUGACCCGGGGGAACCACAUGUGGCCCUGAUGCCUUGACUCACCCCUCGGGGGCAGGAGGCACUGCUGGCGGAGAAUGGCUACCUACCACCAGGGAGGCUGCGGGCAGGCAAGGCUGGGUCCCACCCCCACCCCCCACCUCAGGUCUGAGUGCCACCGCUCCAGAGCUACCACCCAGAGGGCGGAAGGGACAGAGCUGUUAGUCAAGACUGUGGCAGCCUGGUACGCAAGACAUUUUUGCAAGUAAAAAUUAUAAGAGAUGUGCUGCUGUA